AUGUGUCAUGUACUACGUGCCGUUCCGGAAAAUGCCAGAGAUAUACUUUCGUCCAAAACGGGACGUGCUCUUAGACACGAGAAGUCAAAGCAACUAAACAUGAACAAUAACGCUAACGAUAAUGGAGGACAAAAUGGGAACCGCGAUCACCAGAUUCCUGAACGCGAUUUACAAAUCAUACCAAGGCCUCGGAACGUGCAGUUCACGCUGACGGAAGGACAACACGAACUUAUGUACGUUACAUGGGCCGGCGCGCGACUCCGUGUGCGCCAACAGCUCUAUCACCCGGACUUGCCAAUUCAGCCCCAUCCUCAGCCUCCGCACUGGUCAGAAGAAAUGUGCGCGAUGCUGGUGCUCUGGGUUGCUAGGGAGCGCCGAAUUUUUGAGAUGGAGAUGCGAGAAUUAGAAUAUCUUCUGGGACUUAGAGGUGCACGUUAG